AGCCCCACCCUUUUAUGUUUUGCAGUGUUAUGCAACAAAAAUGAUGAAAAUGGUUAAGCUUCUCUUUGCUUCUGCUCUACUCCUCAUAAGCAGUUCUUAUGCUCUGCGUGAUGUACAAUGUCCUCAACAGUCUUCUCAAAGGCCAUCAAAGCUGAAACUAACUCAGCAGCAUUGUGAUUACUAUGUGGCAAUGGGGCCCAAUGAGAAUGAUAAAGAGUUCUUAGAUAUAUACUUAGAGGGUAGCCAAGCUGGCUGGGUUGCUGUUGGAUUCUCAUUAAACAAGAGAAUGGGUUAUUCAGAUGUUGUUGGUUGCAAACAAGAUGAUUCUGGUAAUGUAGGAAUCAUUGAUAGUUGGAAUGGAGCACUCCCACCAAACAAGAUAGACCCUACUCAAGAAGGAAUGUGUAACUAUUCAUCAUCUUAUGUUGAUGGAAAGUUCUCAUGCUAUUUCAGUCGUUUUCAUGGUAUUUUGAACCAAGGCUAUGACUAUGAUUUCAACAGUACUUACUAUUUUCUGUUAGGCUGCAGUCAACUUAAAAGUGAUUUAUCUGUUAAUUUUCCAUUUCAUGAGCCUAAUUUCCCAGCUGUAUCUCCCGAUAUGUAUAAUCCAUUCACAUACAAUGGCUCAGACUGGGUCCAGCUGUAAGGGUCCAAGGGAGUGAAAGGCUGACUAGCAUUAUGACAAGUCUUGCUUUGCAAAUUCCUUAGUACAAUGUGAACAAUAGUCUAUGAAUAUUAUUAGUGUGUAAUUAACAGUAUAAUUUCCGUAAAUCACA